AUGAUGAUCUUCCGAUGUUUUAUUAUUAUUAUUUUCUUUUUACAAAUCAUAUUUUCAAUACCAGUGAUAAAGAAAAAACCAAAUCAUGAAUCUGAAUUAUCUGUUUCUGAUGAUGAUAAGCAUUGUUAUGCAUGUAAAGAUUCAGAUGAUGGAUGUGUUACACCAUGUCAUUGGACACAACGUUGUUAUAUCAAAGCAAAACAUGCGAAUGCAACUAUUCAUGAACGACAAUGUACAACAGAACGUUGGGCACGAGAAUUACUUAUUGAUGGAUGUAUAACAUAUAUGAAAACUUAUUGGUGUAUGUGUUCAUCAGAUAUGUGUAAUGGAGGUGAUCUUGAUUCAAUAAGAGGAUAUGAAGAUUGUUUAAAAAAUCCAUGUCAAGAUGGAACAAUAUGUCUUGAUACAAAAGAAGGUUUUACUUGUAUUUGUGCACCUUGGCAAGAAGAUUGUACAAGAUCUUAUCAAGUUGGAUGUAGUUGUAAAAACGGUGGUCGAUGUGUGAUGAAUUAUGGUUCAUAUGGAUGUGAAUGUCCAUAUGGUUACACGGGAAUUAAUUGCGAAACAUUAACUGGUUUGGUUCCGGAAGAACUUCUUCCAUUAUUAUUGAAAGAAGCAGCAGUUGAAAAUGGUGAAGAAGAAUCUGAAUCUUCUCCAUGUGCUGGAGAACCAUGUGGACUUGAAGGUGUUUGUAUUCCAAUGCCAGAAGAUAAAUAUGUAUGCUUAUGUCAAAAUCGUGUUAUUGCUGCGAAAAGUUGUAACGAAGCACGAAUGGAUCCAUGUGCACCACAUAAUCCUUGUCGAAAUGGUCGUUGUAUUUCAAAUGAACGUGGUGGUUUUCAAUUGAGCAGUUAUUGUGCCAAAUAUAAUCCAUGUUUAAAUAAUGGAACAUGUCAUGAUGAUGGAGAUUCCUAUCGUUGUCAAUGUUCAGAUAAUUUCAUGGGUCAUCGAUGUGAAAGAACGGAAAAAAGUUGUUCAUCACCUCAAUGUUUCAACGGUGGUGUUUGUGUUAAUACAGCUACAUCAUUUAAAUGUAUUUGUCCAAUUGAUUAUGAAGGACAACGAUGUGAUAUGAAAUGGAAUGAUUGUGCUAGUCAUUCAUGUCAACAUGGUUCAACAUGUGUUGAUGGUAUUGCAUCAUAUACAUGUCAAUGUUCAAAAGGUUUUACUGGAAAAUAUUGUGAAAUUAAUAUUGAUGAUUGUCGAAUGGAUUCAUGUAUGAAUAAUGGUACAUGUAUAGAUCUUGUCCAUGAUUAUCGUUGUCAAUGUUUACGUGGGUUUACAGGACGUAUGUGUCAGUAUGAUUUACGUAAAUGUAAUGAAAGUCUUUGUCGAAAUUUUGGUACAUGUUAUUUGGGUUUUGAUGGUUUUGCUCAAUGUAAUUGUAAUCAAAUUUAUACUGGAGUUUUUUGUGAAGCUCGUGUUCAUCCUUGUUUCCCGAAUCCAUGUACAAACGGGGGAACAUGUGUAGCCAGAGGAAAUAAAGUUGCAUGUUUAUGUCGAAAUAAAUUUACUGGAAAUCAAUGUGAAAAACGUGUUGAUGUUUAA